AUGUUGCCUGCGCGAGCGAUUACUACUUCCCAAUUCCUUGAAAGCUUUCAGCGAGCAUGGCUCGAAUCGCGAACUCCACGGGCAGAGCGGAGACUCGAGACCCGUCUACCUCGUCGGAUAGGUCUGGCAGUUAGCGGCGGAGCCGACUCCAUGGCUCUAGCAUAUCUUUGUCGGCAAUGGGAGAAGACCCAUCGCAGCGACGAUGUAGCCGUCACGGCGUUCGUGGUUGACCAUAAAGCGCGAGCAGAAAGCACGCGGGAAGCUGCUACGGUGACUGGCUGGCUUACUGAACUGGGCAUCAGAACUCAAGUUCUAGAACUCUCAUGGUCUCAGGGCACGUUGUCUCAACCCCCCUCCCAGGUAUCUGCGUUUGAGACGCAUGCUCGACGAUUGCGGUUCCAGGCACUCGGAACGGCAUGUAGAGACUAUGGGAUUGAGACUUUGCUGAUGGGUCAUCAUCAAGAUGAUGAUGUCGAGACUGCGCUCUGGAGACUCUGUUCCGGGGCUAGAGGGACAGGGCUUGCUGGCAUCCCGUCGGUGAACCCUAUCCCUGAAUGUCACGGUCUUUUCGGAGUAGCUGAAAGUGGAUCGUCGGUUACUCUACGAGGUCUACCCUCUUUAUCUCAACCAGGGACGAACAAACAGUCCGAAUCAACAGACGACAAGAGCCUUGCAUCUCGACGCGUCCCCAUGUCCACAGGCGGGAUCUUCAUCUGCCGUCCAUUACUUUCUUUUCCCAAGGCCAGUCUCCUGGCAACUUGCCAUGACAACCACGUCCCAUAUGUCUCCGAUCCGACCAACUUCGACCCGACUCUCACCCCCCGGAAUGCCAUUCGGAGUCUUCUUUCUUCGGAUAGACUCCCGCGCGCCCUUCAGACCCCGUCGAUUCUAACUCUCGUGCGGAAGAGCCAAGGUCUCGUACGAGAUACGACAGAUCUCUCGAACCAGUUUCUCCAGAAGUUCCAGAUACUAGGUAUGAACCUCGCGACUGGCACGAUGACGGUUCAAUUCCCCUCGUCUUUAGAAACUCUCUAUCGCAAGAUAGACCCCAGCAAAAUCCCUCAACUCCAAGCCACGACCCUUCGACGCAUCACGGAUCUCCUCGCUCCAUUUCCUGGGAAUCACUUCCCUCUGCGCAGCUACGAGGACUUUACGGACCUUGUCUUCCCUACCUAUGCUGUCUCCAGUACUAAAAGACAAACAUUCACUCUUGGAGGAGUGAUGUUCAAACCUGUCGAUCGCCCUAAGCAUGUACCACUUGACGACAAAUCCUCAUCAACAGCUACUACUAACCAUACCGAUACCUACACCCACAAGCCUAAUCCUAAUUCCACGACCGAAAACAACAACAUCUGGUUUCUUUCCCGCCAACCAUUCAUGAAAAACCGUCUCCCUACAUACCAUCUCCAUCUUCCGCUUCCAGUCCCAUCUCAAUCUCAACUCUCGUCCGCUAGCUGCGGUCAAAAUCCCUUAAACACUAACAAGGACCCCCCUCAACAACCUACCCUAGAAGAAAAAGAAGAAGAAACAGAAGAAGAAACAGAAGAAACAAGCUACACAAACCCAACACCCUGGAUCCUCUGGGACAACCGCUACUGGAUCCGCGUGUCAGCCGUACUAGCCGAGAACUCGACCAUCAACAACACCCCUAGGACAAGAACCCAGCCUAUACCGUCAUCUUACUACCCAAAGAAAGAGAACGUCACCCUUUCCCUUAUGAUUCGACCACUUUUGAAAUCCGAUAUCGAGUUUAUUCGUCAAAUUUCUUCUUCUUCUACCAAGGUCUCCACGUCCGAAAAGCCUAGUGUGAGGGAUAUCAAACUGGAUCAGUUCCUUAAACGACUCGCGAAGGAAGCACCAGGGCAGAGUAGGUUUAUACUGCCGGUGGUGGUGAUCUCGAAGGAGUGUUUUGAUGGGUUGGAGAGGGAUUUACCGGUGGCGUUGCCGACGAUGGAUCAGUGGAUUUAUGGGGUAGAGGAGGUAAUGAGAACUCGAUGUGCCAUGGAGGGAGUUCAGGUACAGUGGGAGUGGAUGUAUAAGAAGGUGGAUACUAAGCCUCUGGAAUUGAUGGGUGGAUUGUUGGAAUUGGAGAAGACUCCGACUCCCUAA